AUGGAAAAAGGCUUUAAGUUUCCCACUCACGGUAGUAAUGAGGAAGGUAGGGUCGAAAUUAACACACAGUCGGAAGUGCCUUCUCGGAAUGCUGAUUUGGCAGAUUUUGAUUCUGGUAGGGAGAGGUCUGGGACAGAGUAUAAGGGUCUAUUUACAGGAUUUGAUAGUGACGAGGAAACUCUAUGCCAGAGAAAUAUAGGCUUACCUGUCGGGUCUUAUGUUCCGUUAACCCCUCGUUUCAAACCAGGCAGAUUCUCGCAUACAUCUGCACCCAGAACAUAUACUGACACAGGGUUCGGUAAUACUCAACCAAAUAUGUCAUCUCUUCAUCGCACUGUUCACAGGCAAAUUGCAAGGAAGGAAAAAGAGCCUGAUAAGUUUGACUGUCAGCAUACUGAGUGGUCUGAGUUUAUCAUGCAGUUUGAGAGGGUGGCAAAUUGGAAUAUGUGGGAUCCCUAUGAAAAAGCCCAGCAGCUUAUAAUGUGCUUAAGUGGUCCUGCUUUGAAGUUGUUAAGUACUUUGAGUUCAUCCCAGCUUGAUAGUUAUGAAGAGGUUAAGUUGGCUUUGACUAAUAGGUUUAACCCAGGAGAGAGACUUGCGGCUCAUCAAAUUGAGUUCAGAAAUAGAAGGCGACGUGGUAGCGAGUCACUGUCUCACUUUGGUUACGAUUUACAGCGGUUAGCUUUUAAGGCUUUCCCUCAUUCGUAUCCUGAGAGUUUAGAAUAUCAUAUUGUUGAUCAGUACAUAUAUGGUUUAGGACAUAUUAAGCCUAAUUGCCCUCAACUUAAGGUGCCACAUAGGGACGAGAGAAAGGAUGUUCUUGAUGCCUCAUCAGUAAUGCAAAUUAAGGGGAAACAGAAUGAUGAUGUGGAGGUGGUUCUAUCGGAGGUCAAGAUAGGAAGUCAGUUUUCAAAUGAGCAAGGGAAUAUGUGUAAUGUUAUUGAAGGUGAAGAUUAUAAUGAUGAAAAAGAUGAUGAUAAUGAUGAAAAAGAUGAUGAUGAAGAUGAUCAUGUUGAUGAAAAAGAUAAGUUGGAUCAAACUUGCAAUGAAGAAGAUAAAGAGGAAGAUGAUAAUGAUCAUGAUUAUAAUCAUGGAGAUAAAUAUGAAGAAGAGGGAGAUGACGAUGAUCAUGAUGAAAAAGAUAAGAAUGAUGAUCAUGGUGAUGAUGAAGAUAGAGAUAAAUAUGGAGAGGGAAAUCACCAAGAUAAUGAAGACCAAGGAAAAACAGUGAAAAAAGAAGAAACAUGUAUGCAAAGCGUGACAUAA